AUGGGAUUGGAACCCAACUCCACAUCGUACUCAGAAUCGCAAUCCGCAGCAGCCCGAACCCUCUUCGUCACACGAGAAAGCUUGGGAAAGACACCAGGGGAUCCUCCUCCAUGGGCAAUUGAAAUUCAGGGAGACGCACACUUAGAAACAAUAGAUCGGCGGCUGGAAACCACCGCAAUGGCAGUUCCCAGUAAGAAGAGUCGCGAAGGUUCCGUACCACUCGGUGCUCUCACUUUGGAGAGAAAUAUACAAGACUUGUGUCUUUAA